CUCACCGUUCAGUCAUUGCUUUAUUUCACAAAACAUGAAAACAUUAGUGAAUACGCUAUAAGUGUUACCCUUAUAUCACAUACCAAUCAACUGAUCCCUGUCUAAGAGCAAUGCGUCUCAAUGUUUGCUAACAUUUGGUCUCAUUUUAUACUUAAUUAAAUCAAUUGUCGUCAAAAGUGGUCAUUCAAGACAAACACAUCGCUAUUAUAGCCAUUAAAUGGCGAGUCAGCCAACCAGUGCGUUGAGAGCACUGGCCCUCGAGUUCAAGAGUUUACAAGAAGAACCGGUCGAAGGCUUUCGAGUCAAACUCGUCAAUGAGGACCACCUGUUUGAGUGGGAAGUGGCCAUCUUUGGCCCUCCAGAGACCCUCUAUGAGGGCGGAUACUUCAAGGCGAGGGUUACUUUCCCACAGGACUACCCUUAUAAUCCUCCAGUCCUUAAGUUCCUGACCAAAGUAUGGCACCCGAAUGUAUAUGAAAACGGCGAUCUAUGCAUUUCAAUACUACACCCCCCUAUCGAUGACCCCCAAAGUGGUGAACUUCCGUGCGAGCGCUGGAACCCAACCCAGAAUGUCAGGACAGUACUGUUAAGUGUGAUCUCACUGCUCAAUGAGCCGAAUACCUUCUCCCCGGCCAAUGUGGACGCCUCUGUCAUGUAUAGGCGUUGGAAGGAAUCCAAAGGCAGAGACAAGGAAUACGAGAAUAUCAUUAAGUGA